AUGUCAGCUGUCAAUGACACCAAAUUCAACUCUGCAGUGUUCCUUCUCACCGGGAUACCUGGGCAGGAAGACAUUUAUCUCUGGAUCUCUAUCCCCUUCUGCUUAAUAUAUGUUAUUUCGAUAGUAGGCAAUUCAGUCAUUCUGUUCAUUAUAAAAACAGAUCCAAGCCUCCAUGAGCCCAUGUACAUUUUCCUUUCCAUGCUGGCCGUCACAGACCUUGGCUUAUCGAUAUCCACCAUACCGACGAUACUGGGCAUAUACUUGUUUAAAUUUAGGAGAAUCAGCCUCAAUGCCUGUUUUGCCCAGCUGUUCUUCAUCCACUCACUUUCAAAAAUUGAAUCCUCCGUGCUGUUGUUGAUGGCCUUUGACCGCUUCGUUGCAAUCUGUAACCCACUGAGAUAUGCUUCCAUCUUAACACCACCGAGAAUAGCUAAGAUGGGACUGGUGGUUGUGCUAAGAUCAGUGGCCCUAAUAUUCCCACUCCCCUUUCUCCUGAAACAGUUCAGAUACUGUCGAGCCAAUGUCCUUUCUCAUUCCUACUGUCUGUACUCAGAGGUCAUGAAGGCGGCUUGUUCGGACUUCACAGUCAACAGCAUCUAUGGCUUGUGUGUUAAACUCUUAACAGUGGGGUUGGACUCGUUCCUCAUCUUCCUCUCUUAUGUGAUGAUCCUCAAAACAGUGCUGAGCAUCGCAUCCCACGAGGAGUGCCUCAGGGCCCUGAACACCUGCGUCUCCCACCUCUGCGCCGUCCUGCUCUUCUACAUAUCAGACAUCGGCCUGGCUGUGACACACAGAUUCGGGAACAGCUCUUCUCACUUGUUUCAGAUUCUCCUCGGCUAUGUCUACUUGCUGGUCCCACCUAUGAUAAAUCCAAUUGUGUACAGUGUGAAAAGCAAACAUCUUCGUGUGAGGAUAAUCAGGGCAUUCGUCAAGUGA